GCAACCAGUCCUGAGCACUUCAAAUACGGAAUCCCCGUUCAGAACUACGCUACUCAAGGUCGUGGAGAUAGAUCUGACCCUGACCUAGCUUUUCAUUCAUCCUGACUUUUCAAGCUUAACAGAUAUCUAUGCUGGACAUGUCGAAUCUUACAGACUUCCAGAUUACAAGAUAUAAAAACAUUCAAGAAGACUAUUAAACCGAGUAGAUCGAGUGCAGUCAAGUAGUCAGAAUACUGCCCAUUGGACGUUAUUAAGGACCUUGAACGGUACCAAAACAUCAAGGAGUGAGCUCCGUAUGAGAUUUUCUCAGGUGUUUACAUCUAAUGUCAGAGCUGUUAUUAUUGGACCUCCUGGUUCAGGAAAGGCUACCAUCUCUUUGCGUUUACAGAAAGACUUUGAUUUGAAAUAUAUCUGUUGUGGAAAUAUGCUAAGAAACCAUGUUACUUUAAAAACAGAUAUUGGGAAUCAGGUAAGCAGGUUUGUCCAGAAUGGUUCACUUGUUCCCGACGGUUUAGUCACUAAAAUGAUGAUUGCUGAGUGUCAAAAUUAUGCAAGCGAUAACUUACUCAUUGAUGGAUUUCCGAGAACUAUGAUACAAGCUGAAGACGUUCAAAAACAACUUCCUGUCAGCUGUGUUAUUUGCUUAGAUGUACCAUUUGAAGAAAUCAUAAAUAGAAUCAGUGGGAGAUACACUCAUGUCCCAAGUGGUAGGACUUACAAUGAUAAUUUUAACCCUCCAAAGCGCAAAGGAUUUGAUGAUGUGACUGGAGAACCUCUAAUACGCAGAGAUGAUGAUGACCUGAUAACUGUUCGUAAACGUUUGGAUGUUUAUCAACUUUCUACUUUACCAUUGCUUGAUUAUUACGGGUACGCCAACUUCGACGUUUUCUUUUGGAAGUGUUUGUAAUAUGUUAGAGCAAUUAUUUUACUUGUAGUUUUUAUUGUAAAGCGUAUGCAAAUUGUUAUUUAAUACUUGAUUGAAACAAGUUAAUAUUUUUAAUUUAUAGUUUGCAGUACAAUUAAAUAAUAGAACCGAAUAAUUAAAAUGUAAUAGCGUACUCAAUUGUGAGCAAUCUUGUGUAAGAGCUACCUUGAGUCAAAGAUCCUACCCCCAAUGAAAUAUAAGCUAAUUUGAAACCUGAAACCUUCAGUAUUUUAACUAUCUAACUACUCAAAAAUGUCACUCCCAGUUGUUCAUUGUUCAGUGUAACACUAUUGGAGUAAACAGUAUUACGUGGAUUCAUUAUUCAAUGUAGUUGAUGUAUAUUUGAAAGCUAAUCAUACAAUACUUAUAAAUCUAGGAUGUUAAUUUCUGUACAAUUUUGACUAAUAAUGGUUUAUUUUUUUAACUCUUCAAUUAAAUAACCAUCAUAUGCUACCGUA